UCCGUACGGUUCGCAUGACUCGUUCAGUACAGCGUGAGACGUCAUCGGUGCUGGUUCACUUCCUCUCCCAAAUCGGCUCGCUAGGAGUGUUUGAGGGUCCAAUCGCUGCAGCCAGUCCAGAGUGCGACCAAGGGGGGCGGUCACCGGGUGCGCGCGCUUUUCCUUCCUGUUAUCUCUGUGCUUAUCUACGCGUGGAAAACUCUUUGCUGGGUGGUGGGAGGUGUGGGGGGAGUUGUGUACCAGUGUAUUAUAAUUUUAUUCCGGACCAACGACCAAGGGUUGGAAGUUGGGUCGAGGAGCAGGUCAAACUUGCCAAGGAGUUGGCACCGAUUCCAGUGGAGUGUCGCCGUCGCCGAGAAUUUUGUGCGUUGUUUGCUCAACAAAUUUCCGCGGCCCGGAGCGGUCCUGUAAACAUUAGAAAUUAUUAAACGGAUUUUAGUGGGGACUUAUUUGAGCUCGUGGUUGAAGCACUUAUUUAUCUUUGGCUUUGUUCGGAAUCGCGUCAAGUGUUUACUUAUCGGGAGGUGAUUACAUAAGAAGAAACGAACGGAACUCUGGAAAAGGGAAAAUUUUCCUUGCAGUCAACAGCUGUUACCCUUUCGCUUUUCAACCAGUUUCCGACCAUUACAUGGUGUAAACGAGGUGGAAGCACUACAAAUCGAUAGCAAUUGGAAAGCUGUUCACCAGUUGAAGCCUAUCAAGUGCUCCCCAAACCCAAUCCCAUUCCAAGUAAAAAAAAACGAAGGAUCCAGAUUCGUUGUCAGUUAAAGAUUUGCAGACUCUUCUUCACGGACCCCCUUGACGCCAAACGGUGCACCAUGGUGUUCGUGAGUUCUGCCGUGUUGGGGGCAGCCGCUGGCACGGGACUGGCCCUGCUAGUGGCCGUUACGAUCGUAAUGUACCGCUACUACGUGGUCCGGCGCAAGGGCAAAGAGUGGGCCGAGCUGGACCGGCUGGAGGAGAAAAAGGCAGCCCGGAAAAUCAAUCUGCAGCAAGAGUGCAGCGUGAUUAGUGGUUCCCAUCCGGUGCAACCACCGUCGAGCGUUCCCCAGCACGGACUAGUCAGCGAGUGUGGCAAGGGUGGUCCACUGGAGGUGAGCUCGAGUCCGUUGCAACCGAACCUGGAGCAAAAACCGAAACCGUACUCCAGCCGGCAGAAGCCCCCACCUCCGUCGGCUUCCAGGAACAACAGCACCGAAAGUGUGCAUUCUCGAGCAUCGAGUUGUCGUGAGUCGCCCAAAUUUGCUUCGCAUAUUAACGCAGAAACAAGAUCGACCAUUUCAGAAAACUUUAUCAUUCAGAAAUCCCACUCCCCGGGCCGUCUACGAACGUUCAGUCUCGAGGGUCGUCUUCCGCUAGCUUACGAACCGGACGGCCGCGUUGGCUCCAAGGAAAGUGUAACGUCGGUCUUUUCCGUCAACCCGCGGGACAUCAACUCACCGAAAAAGCGCAACAGUACGGUUUCGUGUGCCACCCUACCGCGGCAUGCGGAAAUUGCCAGCGUUCCGGACAGCCCGAGCGGAUCGAUUCGGUCGGACAGUACCCGGUCUCCGCGGCGUCGAGUUCCCAUCAUUAUGGCUGCGAAUGACAUCAAUACGGUUCUGGGUCGGUUCCACCUACGGUUGCAGUACGACGGAGUGAAGGAAGAGCUGAUGGUGCAUCUGGUGGAAGCACAAGAGUUGAUUUCCUUGUCGGAAGGUGGCUUUCGAGAUCCUUAUGUAAGGUUGUUCUUGGACACUGACGAAGAACAUCGCACAAUGCAAACGGCUAUCCAUCGAGCGGAAACUCAUCCAUUUUUUGAUCAGCAUUAUUCAUUCCUGCUGCGUCCGAGGAAUCUCGUGAAGACUAAUUUCGUCCUACAGCUCCUCGAUUACGAUCGAUUUUCGCGCGAUGAGGUGAUUGGCGAGAUUCGGUUCCUGCUCAACACGUUGGACCUGUCGGGGUGUGAAAUUUGGGGUGAUUUGAUUGCGGUUAAAAAGCCCACGGAACAGUCGGCGGAGCUGUUGAUCUCGUUGAGUUAUCUGCCACAGGCAGAGCGGCUAACCGUGGUCGUGAUGAAGGCCAAGAAUUUGCACGUCGUGCAUGAGCCGUUUGUGAAGCUCUACCUGAUUGUGAACGACAAGCGCGCCAAGAAGCGAAAGACCAGCGCCAUCCGGGCCGCAGACCCGUCCAACCCGAUCUGGAACGAGGCGUUUACAUUUGACCUGCCAGCCUCGCAGCUGCAGGACGCCGGUGUCGAGCUGUUUGUCACAUCGAAUGAGGGUGAAACGCAGGAACCGGGCUGUGCUGUCGGGCUGCAGGAGGGCGGUUCCGGGUCAGCGCACUGGCAGGAUCUGAUGCAGAACAGCCGCAAACCGAUCGCCAUGUGGCACACGUUGAGAUAAAUUGAGGCUCUCUGAUUAGCGAGAGAGAUACUACAAAGUAGCAACCACCUUGCUUUUUAAGCUUGUUCUAUACAGUGAAUGCGGUUUCUAAAUAACCCCACCUCCACCCCAAAUUCCCUUCAUCUGUGAUUGAAUCCUUUCAGCCAAGGCUUCAAUCGAAAAUCCCAAAUAAAAAUUUACUAUUGCAUCUCAGUUUGGUUGUUCAGUAAAACCGCAGUAGUAAAAACGCACUAACCGCAACUAAACCAGCCACAAAAUUAUAUACUAAACACAUGUCAAUACAUCACACAAAAUGUACAUCACAGGUUUCUGUAUAUUUGCACUGAAAACUGAUAACCGGUCAUGUUUUAAUCCGCACAGAGAGGACAAUGAAUGUUACAGCUGUUCACGCCAAAGUUUAGAAAAGCACGUUUUAUCCCUUUUAUUCACAAGAGAGAGAAAAGUAAACAUUUUACAAAACAAGUUGACACCGUUCAACGGUACAAAUGCGUUAGACUGAUUUAAUGCUAAAAGAGAUUUUAUUUAUCAUUGUUGCAAACUUUAUUUUGGAAUAAGUUUUUACAGUAGCGAGACAACACACAAAAUACAUAGUAUGAAAUACAACAAUGUUAGAGCUUAAACAGAAUAUUCAUAUUUUAACCAAGGAGGUAAUUUUAUAUUAUACAUAACAGAAAACGAAACAGAAAAAUGCAAAAAAAAGAAGAUAAAUUAGGAUAAGUGAUUUAUUUUGUAUGGAAUAUACAAUAUGCCCACAUAGAGGUACACACCACUUUUAGCGUUUCUACAUGGCCACUAGUGCGUACUGCAACAUAAAACAAAACGAUAGAACUAAACAACAACAA